ACAAAUAAUAAUAUAAUCCAUACCUAGAUGUAAUGUUGAAAUUUUCAUCAUAUUUCAAUAGCCUGUGUUAUGUAUUUGUUGCAGGUACUGUAAACAAGAGAAAACCUCCACAUUACCUGCAGCCAGCUCUAACACCAACUGUAAGGACCAGGAGUCACAAACCUAUCAACAACCCCUGAGUAGUGCUGAAACAUCUGUCUGUCUACCAGAGAUCACUAUUGAGAACAUUCAACACUCCACAGGUCUUAUAAUGUUCUACACAGGCCUUCAAGACUUUCAAACAUAUGAUGCCCUAUUUAGUUCAUUAAUUGACCAAGGUGCAGAUAAGUUGUCAACAGAGAUAACCGGCAGCAUGAAUGAAAAUAAAUUGGGUCGUAAAAGCAAGUUAAGGCCCAUAGAUGAGUUUUUGUUGGUAAUGAUGAGGCUAAAAUUGGGACUUCUUGUGAAGGAUUUGGAGUAUAGAUUUAAAAUUUCUUCAAGUGGUGUGUCAAAGAUUUUCAAUGAAUGGAUUCUUUUUAUGUUUGAAUGUAUGCAAUCACUUGUUUUCAUGCCAAAGCUUGAAGUACUUCAAAUAAAUGUUCCUAAAUGCUUUGAAAAAUUCUCAGACACAAGGGUGGUACUUGAUUGCACUGAAAUAUUUAUUCAGAGUCCAUCAUCAUUAGAAAACAAAGCUCUCACAUUUUCUAAUUACAAGUCACAUAACACUUUCAAAGCAUUGAUUGGUGUGAGCAUGACUGGAGCUGUUGUAUUAGUGUCAAGAUUAUGGCCUGGCUCUACCUCAGAUGUUGAAAUUACUAGAAGCGGUGGUUUAUUUGAACAACUUGAAAAAGGUGAUGCUGUAAUGGUUGAUAAAGGUUUUGUUCAUAUUCAUACAGAUCUGAAACCAAUGGGUGUUAAACUUUAUUGCCCUCCUUUUAAGUCCAAAUGCCAGUUCAGCAAAACUGGAGUUGAGACAACCCGCAGGAUUGCAUCAGCUAGGAUACACGUGGAGAGGAAAAUGGAGCAAAUAAAAAACUUUCGCAUACUUCAAGGCAUAAUGCCCUUGGCUAUAAGUGACUUUGCAGAUCAAAUGUUCUUUGUUUGUUCAGCACUUACAAACAUGCUACCCCCACUAGUGUCAAAGUGAAAUGCUAAUUUUUUCUAUGACUUGAAGAAGUUACUAGUUAGUAUAUGUUUAGUGUUGUUUGUUAUAAAUGAAUAUAUAUUGUAACAUGUUCUCCCACAUUCAAAGACAACAAAAUAUGUAUGAAAGUAGAAUGAUAUCUAAUAUAUGCACAAACAUGUUUUAUAUUCUAUGAUUAUUGGUUAUUUAUACUAAAUUGAUUUAAAUACUCCAUGAUCAUAUUCAACCUUUCAUGAAAAAAGUUUUGAUAUAAUGUUCUACAGAGAGAUUUUGUUUCAUUGGAUGAAUAGUGUCCAGUCAUUUAUACAAAAAUGAUUUUUUUUCUAUUUUCUGUUGUAUUUUAAUGAAUUACAUAAUCUGUGAAAAAAUUAGAAGUGAAAUGUGAAAAUAAAUGCCUUUAUAAGAUAUUUGUCAACAGUUUGUAUCUCAAAAAGCUGAUUUAUUUUUGUGCAAAAUGGUUGUAACUGCAGCUACAACCGUUUUGCACAAAAAUAUUUGUUAAACACAAACAUGGAAUGGGUUGUAAGUGAGAAGUAUAGUACAGUACUGUGUUUUAAAUUGAUGACAUCAUUGAUAACAUCACAAAAUGUUGACAUAUAAGUAUUUUUUCAACUUUGAUAGUGAAAUGAAGAUUGAUUUUGUUUUGAAAAUGUGAUAAGGAAAUUGAAAAACAAGAUAGGCAAUGCAAUUUGCUUUUUAUUUCCCUCGAUAACAAUUUCAUAUGCAACUACAAUGUGUGUUUGGUGUAAAAGUAAAAAUCAUAAUAAUAAUUAUUAGUAGUAGUACAUUUAAAAUAACUAUAAUUAUUAAGACAAGUUAGGAAUAUUAGCCAGACAUCUACUGAUAAUGAUCAGAUUUAAAUUUACCCAUUGACAACAUGUCCACUUAAGACAGGUUAAGGAUAUAAGACAGACAUCUACUUAUAAUGGUCAGAUUUAAAUUUACCCAUUGACAACAUGUCCACUUAGGACAGGCUAAGGAUAUAAGACAGACAUCUACUUAUAAUGGUCAGAUUUAAAUUUACCCAUUGACAACAUGUCCACUUAAGACAGGUUAAGGAAAUAAGACAGACAUCUACUUAUAAUGGUAAGAUUUAAAUUUACCGAUUGACAACAUGUCCACUUAAGACAGGUUAAGGAUAUAAGACAGACAUCUACUUCUAAUGGUCAGAUUUAAAUUUACCCAUAGACAACAUGUCCACUUAGGACAGGUUAAGGAUAUAAGACAGACAUCUACUUGUAAUGGUCAGAUUUAAAUUUACCCAUUGACAACAUGUCCACUUAAGACAGGUUAAGGAUAUAAGACAGACAUCUACUUGUAAUGGUCAGAUUUAAAUUUACCCAUUGACAACAUGUCCACUUAAGACAGGUUAAGGAUAUAAGACAGACAUCUACUGAUAAUGAUCAGAUUUAAAUUUACCCAUUGACAACAUGUCCACUUAAGACAGGUUAAGGAUAUAAGACAGACAUCUACUUAUAAUGGUCAGAUUUAAAUUUACCCAUUGACAACAUGUCAACUUAAGACAGGUUAAGGAUAUAAGACAGACAUCUACUGAUAAUGAUCAGAUUUAAAUUUACCCAUUGACAACAUGUCCACUUAAGACAGGUUAAGGAUAUAAGACAGACAUCUACUUAUAAUGGUCAGAUUUAAAUUUACCCAUUGACAACAUGUCAACUUAAGACAGGUUAAGGAUAUAAGACAGACAUCUACUGAUAAUGAUCAGAUUUAAAUUUACCCAUUGACUGCAUGACUGCUUAUUAGCUUAAGAGUAAGACAUGUUAGGGAUAUUGGAGAGACUUCUACUUAUAAACUAGUGAUCAGAUGAAAUUUACUCAUUGACAACAUGUCCCCUUAAAACAGGUUAGGGGUAUUAGACAGACAUGUACUUAUAAUGGUCAGAUUAAAUUGAUCCAUUGACUGUAUAGCUGCUUAAGACAGGUUAGGGGUAUAAGUCUGACACCUACUUACAGUGAAAACAUAUAAUUCAUCAAUACUAGGGACUUUUAUAACAGCUAGUACAUGUAGUUCUAUGACAAAUUGACCAAAUUACUGAAGUAAGAUUUAAUAAGAAUACAGAAGAACAGCAUUUGACUAGCAAACAUUUUUGUUGAUUUCAUACAUUUGCAAAUAACACAUUUUUUAGCUUUUCCAAAUAAUUUGCAUGGUAUCAAGUACACACGUUUAAAGUUUUAUGAUUAAACUUAAUUAAAAGAUA